UAAUCAAGUGCAAUUCAUGGCGUCAAUGGAAGGAGCUUGUGCAAUUAUUCCCGGUUUCUAUUUUAGACCAAGUGAUGAAGAUUUGAUGAUGGUCUAUCUUUUGAAUAAACUUUUCCAAAAACCUUUCCCUCCGUACAUGAUCGAAGAGUAUGAUGUCUAUUCUACGGAGCCUUGGAAUCUGCCAAACAACACGAGAUAUUCUCAAGAUGGCAAGAGCUACUACUUCACAAGAGCCAAAAAAUCAAGUCCAAGGAGCAUGAGGUUGUUACGUCAAGCCGGGGAUGGGUGUUGGCAUAUGAACGGCACUAACAAGAAGAUACAUGAUAGAAACGGUGUGCAUGUAGGCAGCACAACAGCCUUGACAUACUUGCAUGGAUCAAAUAAGAAGAAAACUAGAUGGGUUAUGCAUGAGUACAGGGUUGAUCACUCUUUCUAUCGCAACUCAAAUCCACAGGCUACAGAGUUGGUGCUUUGUUGUAUACUAGAAUCCGGCAGAGGAGAGGAAAUUAACAACUACAGCGGCAUCAGCAACAAUAGAAGUGAUCAAGUCUUGGUACCGGCCGAGUCACAUAUGAACAUGACAGUGUCCAAAAAAAAGAAAAACACAAAUAGGCGAUCAGGAGAAGUGUUUGUUAUUGCCUGCCAACAAUAUGGAAGGCUUUGAAGCGUGUGCUGCUAAUCCAAUUAACAACAACAACAACAACAAUAUGGAAGGCUGUGAAGCAUGUGCUGCUAAUCCAAUUAACAACAACAACAAUAUGGAAGGCUGUGAAGCAUGUGCUGCUAAUCUAAUUAACAACAACAACAACAAUAUGGAAGGUUGUGAAGCAUGUGCUGCUGAUCUAAUUAACGACGACAACAACAACAACAAUAUGGAAAGUUUUGUAGCAUGGGCUGAUAGUCUAUGGGAUGAUAAUAUAAUUAACGACAAUAGCAACAACAACAUUAAUAUGGAAGACUUUGAAGCAUGGGUUGCUGAUCUAAUGAAAGUCGACGACGACAACAACAACAACAUUAAUAAUGCUGAUGAACUAGCAGUAGUACCAGAGACAAGAAGCACAACAAAUAAUAUUGGAUGCAAUGAUAUGAUCAUGCAGAAAAAGAAGCAGCAACAGCAGCAUCAACAGGUUGCUAUGACCAUGUAGAAGAAGCAGCAGCAUUAACAGUGGAUCAUAGAACGAUGGCCGGUUGUGAUUCUUAUUGCCAAGCUACUCCUCCGUCCUUGCCCAUGUCCAAGCCCACGAUCAUCACAACUCAAGCAAACACAGAACCAGCUGAAGCUUCUGCAGUGAAUGAAUCUUAUAUUGAUGAUAUUUCUCUUUCCUCAAUAGACAACAUGAUUGAGUUUUUCUCAGUCUUAUUCCGGUGAGGAAUUGCAGCAGUUGCUACCUUCAGAUGAGCAGAAUACGAUUCCUGAAUGGUCUAAAAAAAUCAACAUUUCAGAAU